AUCAAGUCGUAAACGGUUAGUAACAGGACAAGCAGGUAAGUAAGAUUCUUGUUAUUUUUCUCAAAAUUAACGAACGCACCGCUUGUCAGGAAAAAACAUUAAAUUGGUUAAACUAUCAACUGUUCGAUUUGAGAAGGUUGGAUUUUUUUCUUGCACUUUCAUGCCAAACGUGCAAUAAAACGGUAGUCAUUGAGAAGUCAGUAUGGGGAUCGGGAAGCAAACAAGCUAGCUAGCUGAGUCUGCUAGCUAAGUUGGCUGUUAUUGGCCGUUAGCUCACUACGUCAACAUUAGCAUGGCUAACAUUAGCUUAUCAUCUAGUGCUCGGAGAAAGUACAGUUAAUUGUGUCACAAUAUCACUGGCAUUUAAUUCAUUGACACGAUAAGCCAGUAAAGAACCCCACUCAUAAGUUACUUUUACAUUCCCGAGCCCAGUGUUAAUAUUAUUCAACAUGUAAAACUUUUUCAUUAUAAAUGUGCAAUGAUAACGUUCCCGUAGGUUAACAUUAGCCCAGCUAGCGCUAGCUUGCCAGUUGAACGUAAGAAAAAAUACCCUUCAGAGUCUGUUAAGAACUUGGUUUACUGAGUGAUGCUCUGACAUAAAAUACGAAUAAACUAAUAUUUUUCAUGUUUUCGUAUCCUUUUAGGUGUCAUGUUAUUUCCAUGUGCGGAAACUGGAAUUAUGGUGUCAAGGAGUAUUGAAUGGAGCGAUUUAACAAUGGAGCUUAAGGCUGUCCUCAGGUGGGGCAGUAAGCGGGUGGUGUGGAGCAGGCCGAGGUGCCCGUCCCUCUGCACUGCAUGGCUGCGAUGGCGCCCGCUCUCACCGACGCCCCAGCCGAAGCUCACCACAUCCGCUUCAAACUGGCUGCCCCAUCCUCAAGUCUCUCACCAGCCAGUGCAGAGAACAACGGUAACGCCAGCAACAUCCUCAUCCAUAGCAGUGGCCCCGCUAAGUGUAAGGUCGUGUCUGAAGAUUGCCCUAUCGACUUUUGUGGUGGCGACCAGGAGCAGCAGCAACAGCAGCCCCAAGUCGACUCUGUGGCCCAGGCUUCGGCCCUGGGAAAGUUCCAGCCACUGGUGGCUUCUUACCUAUGCUCUGAUGUGACAACUGUCCCUUCAACUAAGGAAUCAAUCACGCUGCAAGGAGUCCUCAUUAAACAGUCUGUGUUGAAAGGUCACAGAAUACUGCCCAACUCUCUGCUCAACGGCGGAGGAGACUUCCUGUCGAGGAAGAGGCAGCAGAUCGAACUAUCUGGUGGCCAACUCAAGAGCCUCAUGAGUGGCAGCACUAACGGAGGUGGCCAGCCAAUGGCACCUGUCAAUGGCCUGGCCAAAAAGCUGGCCACCAUCACUGGCCCUGGCUGCGUGGUGGCAGUGAACGGUGACAAGCCGCCUGCCACCACAGACACUCAGUCCCAGAAACUGCCCUUGGACUCUGAGACCUUGACAGCUACCUUAUCAGGUCAUAUCCAGGUGAAAGGAACCCUCAAACAGAAGCAUUCCUCUGGGGUUUCUAAAAAUACAGAUGGAAAAAACUGUGAACCACCAGUGCUCCAGUCUGCUGCCCUUUCCCCUUAUACCCUUAACAACCCUAACCCCACUGAACAAGUGAAUUUGGAGGAGGCUGAUUCACACACGCCUGCUGGUCAGCCACAGGGUUCUGAUAGGGAGAGACCAGGUAGCAGCCAGCAGGGCUCCCCGUCCUGCACAUCUGCACCACAGCCUCCUCUACCCUGCACUUCUUCCUCGGACAGCCUUGAUGCUCACGUUAAGGAGCGUUCCCUUCUCAACAACAGCCGGCAAUCUGAGAUUGAUAACCGGCUGCGUCGCCUGCGCAAACGUCUUCAGGUUGUACAGGCCAAGCAGGUGGAGCGGCACAUUCAGCAGCAGCUGGGUGGCUUCUUGGACUCGGCUCUCAACCGGCUUUUGGUCGGUAACCGCAAAGCAGAAACGGCAACCCCUACAGCUACAUGGAGGACUGGACGACACUCUUCCUCAAGCAACAGAGACGGCCUCGGUCGCUUCCUUAAAAGCGGCUCCAUGCCCUUGGAACUUGAGAGGCUGUAUUUGAGCGGAACGGCUAACCUUCAUUCAGCAGAAAGCGCCUUUGACUCAGAUGUAACAGAAAGUAGUUCUGGAGGGGACUCUGACCUAGAGGAGGAGGAGCUGACCAGGGUGGACAUUGAGCAGCGACAUGUCAAAAUAUGGAAGCGAGCCGAGAGCCGCUACACGGUGGAGAGAGCGGCCAUCAUCAGCCACUGGAACUGGCUCCAGGCCCACAUCUCAGACCUGGAGUACCGCAUCCGACAGCAGACCGACAUCUACAGACAGAUCCGCGCCAGCAAGGGCUCAGUGGAGCUGGGAGGAAUUUCCCCCAGUGGAGUGCCUGCAGGGGGGACAGAAGUGAAGACAGAGCCUGUAAAUACUCCGGAUGUGGGUUCAGAACGGCUGGAGCACACAGGCGUCGCCCACAUCUCCAACACAGAGGCCGGCCAGUGGAAAGGUCAAAGCGCGCAGCCCGUUAAUGGCGUCCUCAGCAGGAUGGCAGAGAGUGCAGACACCAAGCCGCCGUCAGCCUACGACAGCUCGUGUGUGGCUGCGCGUACACGACCGCUCGUCAGCUGCCGGCGACGGAGGCUCAUUCAGCCCAACACGGUGCCCAACCUCAACGGCAAGGCGCAGAGAAGCAGCUGUGUCCAGUGUAGCUGCAGGGUGAACCCCGGCAGCUGUGCGAUGUGUGGUGGCUGGCCCACCCCCAGAGAGGACCCUCAGUACGAUCAGCCCACCCUGGACCGCCUGUCGAGACUGGAUCUUGGCGUCCACCCCAUCCUCUCCUUCCCUGACGACGUUUGUAUAGGCCUACGUCUGCAGCAGGUGAUGAAGAGCCAGUGGCAGACCAAGUCGCUGGAGAGGAGCAAACCACUGAAGAAGCUCUCCCUCAAACACAAGCUGUCCUCGUCCAAAGAGAAGCACAAGUUCACCAACUCACUCAUGGCAGUCAGUGUUGCAGGACUGGGCCACUAUAAGAACCGUGCUGAGAAGCUGAGGCCGGUGGACAGCAGUGUAGGCAGCAGCAGCAGUGCGGUGCUGAACGCAGCCCGGCUCGAGGGCCAGGCGAUGUACAAGACGGAGCGUCUGCAGGGCCUCACCACCCCCUUAGGGCCCUACGACAAGAACUACAGCCGCAAGAGAUUAAGAGAGCACUCUCUGGACAGGACCGACACCUCCCCUAAACUCUUUCUGGACUCGAGCAGCACCUGCCCGACUCUGGCCAACAUGCACUCGUCCCUCCACAGCCCCCUCACACGGCAGCUGUCCACAUCCUCAGAGAACUCCACGCCGCUGGGCCCGGGCAUCCAGAGCACGCCUCAGCAGCCAAUCAAGAGGAGGCGAGGGGAAAGCUCCUUCGACAUCAACAACAUCGUAAUCCCCAUGUCCGUGGCUGCCACCACCAGGGUGGAGAAGCUGCAGUACAAAGAGAUCCUCACACCCAGGUGGCGAUCAGUGGACAUCUUCUCUCAGCCCAUCACUGACGAGGAGGACGAGCGGGAGGUGGAGGACCUGACUGAUGCCGCCUUCACUCUGCUCCACCAGCCCCACGAGGACCAGGAGCGAUCCCGCUGGACAUGGAUGGCCCUGGCUCCGGCGAAGAGGAGAGGCAGCAGGUCGUACAAGUCUGUUGACGGGCGCACAACCCCUCUGCUGUGCGGGACCAACCCUCCCACCCCCCAGCCGGCGUCCCCGGACCCUGGCCAAUGCCCCAUGCUCCACGACUACAGCUACGUGCCCUCCCCCAUGAGCCCCGCCAGCCCCGACACCGCCUCCAACCCCCACACACCCUGCUCCAGGGACUCCCACCGGCUGCUGUCGAGCGAGGACACGCGCUGCUCAACGCCCGACUUCACCUUCGAAGAGAGGACGGUGGCGCCGUGGGAGCGUCGCGGCUUCCCCCUGGCGGCGGACCCGGAGCCGGAGCCAGAGAACGAACACUUCAGGCCCCGAGUCCGCACCAUCUCAGGUUGCCGAGCGACAGCCUACGGGCGGCUGGAUUCGGACGACACGGAGCCGCCCUGCGACGAGGACGGCGGCUCCAAACACAAGGCGGCGUCCUCCGCCACACACCGAUGAAUGACUGAUAGGCUGAGGUCCCGCCCUCCUACCCGCCCCACAGCUCCUCUCUGGCAUUAACAAGCAGAACCUCAAAGCAGAAUAAAAGAUAUUAAAUGGGUUCCUGUUGUUUGAUAUUCAAACAUCAGUCUAAUACUUUUCACAGUUUUUAGUGAACAUUAUGGAGAUAGAAGCCUUUCCCUACACUUGUUUUUGUCACAGGAAAAAAAAGGAUAAAUGUAAAAAAAAAAAAGUAUAAAACAACACGUUACAAAAUGUUUUCUGUAGUAGGCUGAACAAUGUACAUGGGGGCUUAGUGGUGUUUCAUAUGUCGCGUGUACACUUGUAGCGCACUAUGUAGCGGACUCCUCAAAAUAUGGCCAAAGGGUGUUUUCUAUUGACUAGUUUGCUUGUAUUUCCCAUGUACAUUUUUAGUGGAGUGACAAAUUACAAAACAAGAAAAAAUCCCCCCCCUCCUCCUUUCUCCUCCUCAUCCAAAUAAACAGGUACAUUUGAGAUGUGGUUCCCCUCUUCUCCCACUAGAGGUCGCCUGAAAUCACCAGAGCACUUCUCCAACUGCCAAGUCUAGUUUUGUUGGUUUUUGCUUUUUUUUCCUUGUUUGUUUUUUCAUUCCUGACAUGUUUUAUUUGUACGUGUUCUGUCUGUUCCUGUGUAACACAUUCUUUGUGUUUUUUGAAAUAGUAAAUCAUUCCUUUCUACGGUCUCUUUUUUUUGUUUUGGAGAGAGUGUUCCGGCUCCUCGUCUCCCCGCUGUCUCUGUUCUUUUUAUUUUUUAAAAAGGGUGGUGGCAUAGAGAGGACUGGGGUGUGUUUUGAGCACUUGCCCUUACAGAAUAAAGCGCUGCUGCAUGCUAAAAGAAAACAUGCUAAUGUUAGUCUUAUCACAGUAAGAUUCCCACCCUAAAGAACCAAAGGGCGGGGGAGGAUUGUACCACCUGCUGGUUUCACUGCGUACAGUGGUUGCUGUAUUAGAAAAUUGUGGCAUAAUAAAGAAAUAACACAACCCCCCCUCCUCUUUUGUUUUCCUCUUGUGAACAUCUGAAAUGUAGCAGCUAGAAGCCCCCCCCCCCCAGCUCAGGUUUUUUCAAUUUAAGGGAUUAGUUUUCUGCUGUGUGAUACUUUCACUCUGAUCAGAUCUAGACUACUCCAUUGCCAGAUGGGUAAUUCUUUUAUGCCACCCCCACCAUAACCACACUCUUCUUCCCCCCCCCACCCCCCCCUUCUCCUCCCUCACCUUAAGUAACUAAUUGCUAUGCAAAAAAAAACUGGUUGUUUUUAAUUUUACACCUCCUUUUAAUGCCACAGCCAUUCAAUCACUGUUCUUUUCUUUUGUAGUUUAAGCAAGAUGUCAAUGUACCUGUUUGAUUGUUGCAGCAGUUAACCUAAUCAAAAAGCAGAAUUGUUUUUCUUUUUGUAAAUAGAACCAUUAAAACAUUUAUGUUUAACUUGG